AGCCCCACAUAGAAGCAAGACUUUGCACAUUACGGAGGGAUCUAGGAAACCUUAUUAGAGUCUCCUCCUCUCUCCUUUCCCAGCCCGGGUCUCUCCCUACAGACAAUUUGCUUGGCAGAGCCAGGAAAAUAAGUCUCUAGAGAUCUACAAACUGGUGGGAACGGAAUGCUUUGAUUCCAGAAAUAACUGGGCGGUACCACAUCAUAUCAGUUUGCUGAGGGUGACUGACUUAGACAGCUUGGCCUCGUGAUCUUUUGAUUAUUGCUCAUUCUAUAAUUUGGGCAAAAUCGUCUCUUAAGAUGUAAUGGGAAAAAAUAGGUAUAUAUUUGGGAAAGUGUGUAUCAGAAUAUCUGGGCGAAGGAGUUAGUUAGACUUGAAAAGAAUCAAAGCAACUACACCACUCUGCCUAAUACAGGUUAAGUGGUCUCCGAUAGUCAAGCCACUUUCGCUCACCGGAACCUUCGAGUUGUCACUCACGUUUCGGUGGGGGGAAGAGAAGAAGAAAGGACUUACCAAACCACGCGAAGCGCCUCCACUACUAGGGGCAGUAUUAUUUCCGGUGUCUGCUGCCGAGCGGAAGUGGGAGUGCAGUGGGAAAAAAAAAACAGUACUCUUUUCCGGUUCGGGACACAGCUGAAGCCACGACGGAUCGGCUAACCGUUUGUGAGCCCUUGGCAGCCUCUGAACGCCUAUGAAUUUGCCUGAUCUGCACAUCUCCUGACAGCAGUCAUACAGGAUGACGCGGCAUGGCAAGAACUGCACUGCGGGAGCUGUCUACACCUACCAUGAGAAGAAGAAGGACACAGCGGCCUCAGGCUAUGGGACCCAGAACAUUCGACUGAGCCGGGAUGCUGUGAAGGACUUUGACUGCUGCUGUCUCUCGCUGCAGCCCUGUCAUGAUCCUGUGGUCACCCCAGAUGGCUACCUCUACGAACGGGAGGCAAUCCUGGAGUACAUCCUACACCAGAAGAAAGAGAUUUCCCGGCAGAUGAAGGCCUAUGAGAAGCAGCGAGGAGCCCGCAGGGAAGAGCAGAGACAGCUCCAGCGAGCGGCAGCCGAGGACCAAGCUCGAGGCUUCCUGGAGAAGGAAGCAGCCAUCGUGAGCCGGCCCCUCAACCCCUUCAUGCCUAAGGCUGCCACCUUACCCAACACAGACGGUGAGCAGCCAGGGCCCAGCGCCGGUCCCCCAGGGAAGGAGAAGGACAAAGUGCUGCCCAGCUUCUGGAUUCCCUCGCUGACGCCCGAAGCAAAGGCCACGAAGCUGGAAAAACCAUCCCGCACUGUGACCUGCCCGAUGUCUGGGAAGCCACUACGCAUGUCAGACCUGACGCCGGUGCGCUUCACGCUGUUGGACGACUCCGUGGACCGCGUGGGGCUCAUCACACGCAGUGAGCGCUACGUGUGUGCAGUGACCCGAGACAGCUUGAGCAACGCCACGCCGUGCGCAGUGCUGCGGCCCUCUGGGGCUGUGGUCACUCUGGAGUGUGUCGAGAAACUGAUUCGAAAGGACAUGGUGGACCCCGUGAAUGGGGACACGCUGACAGAACGCGACAUCAUCGUGCUGCAGCGGGGCGGGACAGGCUUUGCAGGCUCAGGAGUGAAGCUGCAGGCGGAAAUGUCCCGGCCAGUGAUGCAGGCCUGAGCUGUGACCUAAUAAACCUGCCUGUGAACCGA